AUGAAAUGCAAAUACCUAGGAAUCCAGAUUUCUGGAUUUGGAGACUUAGUAACAGAGCAAACAACUAGAUCCCAAAGAAUAGCAACAUGUUUGAACGAAACCAUAUGGCGAAAUAAACAUAUCGGAAUAGAAGCCAAAUUGAGAAUAAGCAAGGCUACAGUAAGACCCAUAAUUACCUAUACCGAAGAGACACGGCCAGAAACGGAGAGAACCAAAAGAAUGAUGGGAACAGCAGAGAUAAAAGUGCUACACAGGAUAGCCGGAAAAACCCUUUUGGACAGAGAAAGAAGUGAGAACAUCAGAAGAUUGUGCAAAAUAGAUCACGUCAACGAAUGGGUUCUAUCAAGAAAGGAAAGAGAAUGGAAUGAGCACAUAAGUUGUAUGGAUAACAACAGACUGGUCAAGAUAACGCGCAAUAAAUCCCCAUUGGGCCGAAAGAGUACAGGCAGACCCAGAAAAAGGUGGAGCGACAACCUUGAGGCAGGAUAG